AUGCGGUUUUCAUCUCUCGUUUCUUUCGCGAUCGCAGGCGCAUCUCUAUGCACAGCGCUGCCUACAAAUCUCACCAACUUCCUGCUCGUCACCACAUCGCAAAUAGACCCAAGUGCGAACACUUCUGAACUCAAAGCCGUCUCCGCCACUUCACUAUUCGACCCUUUCCACCAACCCGCCCUCCUUCUCCGCCUAACAGGCCCCGGUUAUGGCUCCCUCCCCAACUUCACCCUGGCAGACGGGACACUAUCCACCAUCGCCCUAGCACCCUUCAGCACCACCGAGUACAAACAAUUCAACAGCACUGUUGUGACGAGUGGAUCGGAGCUACAGUUCCUUGCCUCAGUGCAGCCUGCGGGUAAUAUUGCCCUGGACGAAGGAUACCUUCUGACCGUGGAUGGCCAAAGAGAGGGUUGGACGAUUUGCGAAGGUGACUUGGAUCAGGUGUUGAGCUGGAGGGGCAAUGCGACUGAUUGUACCAAGACGUAUGUGCAUGCUGUAUUGAAGGCACCCUACUAG